UCUCUCUCGACUACCAUGGCAUCUACAAGAAGGCUUGUCAUCUUUUUGCUUGCUUUCUUCUCCCUACACUUGAACGAUCAAGGUGGGAUUAUUGCAUAUGGAAGAAAUUAUCCCUUUCCAAUGUCUCGGGUUGGAAGUGAAAAACAAAGAGAAUCAGUGAGAAAGAUGAUGGGUAAAGAAGAUUUGAGAAGGGUAAAAGAGGAAGGUCACCAUUUUUCUGGGAGCACAUCUAUUUCCAAUGGUAAUUUGAAUCCAAGGAAGAAUGCAGAGAAUUGGAGUGCAAAACCAAAGCUCAUUAGCAAAAGAGAUUACAACCUGAACCAGCAUCCAUUGGACGUUGAAGCUUCUAGUUUUGUGACUUUUAAUGCGGACUAUUUUGUCGCCAAACCACAUCCUCCAAAGAACAAUGGAGGGAAGUGUCUCUAA